GUGUACCACUAGCAAGAGAACAUACAAUCACAGAUUCCCACAACCAGGGGUUCUUCUGGAUUCUCCACGUCACUGCAGUAGUGGACUCCAUUCUGGUGAGAACCCACCUGGAGUGCUGCAUCCAGUUCUGCGGCCCCCUGCACAAGAAAGACAUGGACCUAGCAUAAUUACGGUAACACUUGAAGUUCAAGGAAGUAUAAAAGAAGAAAACUUAAAUCUCUUUAUUCAGAAUCUUCUGUGGGAGAAGAAUCUGCAAGAGAAGACUGGGCACACUAUGGACGUCUUAAGACUGAAGGGACUGGUAUCUAUUCAAGGCAAAUCUCAUCAGGUGAUAGUCCAAGGUGUCCAUGAGCUCUAUGAUCUGGAAGAGACUGCAGUAACCUGGAAAGAAGAUGAAAAGAGAAUAAAUAGACUGGUCCUGAUAGGCAGGAACUUGGAUAAGGAGAUCAUCAAAGAAGCAUUCAUAGCAACUGUGAAAGAGAAACAAGGAAACUGUUGA